AUGUUUCAAAGAUUAAAUGCAUUACUGUUUAUCAGUGCAGUGCUAUCUGAACCAGAAUGUUCAAGAUUCCACUACGAGGAACAGACUUUAAACAAAAUGAUUCGACAGGAAAUAGCCAUUGAAAAACUACAGGCGAAUAUGGCGGAAACUCAGCAGCAAGUGCUUGAUGCCCUAGGAAACCUGACAGAAACAACCCAGCAGCUUCGAGAUUUGAAUAAUGAAAGGACAAAAUUGAAACGUGUUACUGACGAGCUGACGGAAGAAGCCAAUAAAAAUAUUCGAAACUAUGCUGCUAAAAUAGAAAAACUGAAAGGACCCACAGUCACAUUCAGAUGUAAGGACCUUGUUAAUUUAACACCGAAUGCUGGAGAAACACUUGUGUUUAAGACAACGACGUUGAACAAAGGUCUCGGUUAUGAUAACAAGAGCGGGAUAUUCACAGCACCAGUCGCGGGAACAUAUACGUUUUCUGUGCAUUUUUGUGUUGCUGGUGGGAAAAAUAUGUAUUAUGCAAUAGUUGCAGAUGGUGUUGAAAUAAAGAAAGGAUGGUUCUGUGAUUUGAAAUGGAAUACAUGUUACACUACAGACACUGUUACCGUACUUCAUAAAGAUUCAAAAGUUUACGUAAAGUAUUCUCACAGCAGUAGUUUAUUAGUAACUACGAGUAUCUACUGGAAUACAUUUUCAGGUGUACUGGUGAAAUCAUAA